GCUUCAACUGUAGCUUCAAUGGCGAUACCGCCGAGAACGCGCAAAAGGGUUCAUGCAAUUCGUCGUGCUGCUGACGGAAGUGCCUUUGAAAAGUGCGACCGGUGUGGUGUGACGGUGGCGAUUGCUUUGGCUGAUAUGCACCAGUGUAGAACCGACAACAAGAAUGUAAAGAGGUUCAAGGGCAUUUCUCAAGGUCAAGAUCAGAAUGUUACCAAACGCAUUUCUCCUGAUCAACCCAGAUCGGCUUUUCGCUUCUUCAUGGAAAGCUUUGAGGGCAGAAAGAAAGGAAACUUGAUCCACAUUGAUCGAAAGGGGUUUGAGACAUGGAAAAAGAUGUCAAAGGAGGAGAGACAACCAUACAUUACUCAAGCUGAAAAAGUAAAUUCUGCCUACUUAAAAGGUUUGAAUGAAGAGCUUAUUUAUUAUCCACAGGUCGAUGAUGAUGAGGCUGAUUCAGCAAUGGUUGGGAAGUUUGAUAAGUUGUACUCUCAUGGAGGCUGUGAGGAGUCUGAAGACUAUGACUCAUGGGCAUGUGAUCAUAGCUUUGAAACAUACAAGACAGAGACCUAUAACACCGAUCAUUGGGAAAUGUUACCUCCACCAAAAUUUGGGGACUCCAGCUCAAGUUAAAGAUUGAAGUUGAAGCUUGAAGGUUGAUCAUAUUGAACUCUUUAUCCAAAUAUCCGAAUUGGCAAUGGCAGACGAAGUUUUGGCAAUGCCUGUAUGUAUUUUGCAAGGUCAAGUCGAUCGUUUGGCUACUAUAAAGCAUAUAUUCUGAGUCUCUCGACACAUGGGGAUGGAGAGUUUUCAACGUUGAUGAUGUUGAGUGGACUUUGGCAUCAUUCUUGACUUAACUAGCAAGGAGAAUUUUUUGUUUCGACUUUUUUUUUGCUUUUUUAAUUCUCCUUCCCGGAUAUCCUCUUUCAGGUUCCUGAUGGUGUAUUCCCUGCAAUACAUCAUGUUCCACAUAUUUCAAGUUGAAAUGUCAUGCUCAAAAACGAUUUUAUCCUAAGUGUUGUGACAUGGGAGGGUUAGCGCAAUUGAUAAGAUUUUCGUUUAGUAAACAAGUUGCCAUGUAAAUUGAAUAUGGGAAUUGUGCCCAAAGUGCGUCAAUGACUUCUCUU